GAGCUGGGCCGAGCUGAGCGCUGGCGCUGCCCGCGGGGGGACCGGAGGCCGAGCCCAAGCUGCGGCCGCCACUGCCGCCGCCGCCGCCGCCACCAUGCGCUGGGUCCGCGCUCUGCUGAAGAAUGCGUCGCUGGCAGGGGCGCCCAAGUACAUCGAACACUUCAGCAAGUUCUCCCCGUCCCCGCUGUCCAUAAAGCAGUUUCUGGACUUUGGGUCCAGCAAUGCCUGUGAGAAAACCUCAUUCACCUUCCUCAGGCAGGAGCUGCCUGUGCGCCUGGCCAACAUCAUGAAAGAGAUCAACCUGCUUCCUGACCGAGUGCUGAGCACACCCUCGGUGCGGCUGGUCCAGAGCUGGUAUGUCCAAAGCCUCCUGGACAUCAUGGUGUUCCUAGAUAAGGACCCGGAGGACCAUCGUACACUGAGCCAGUUCACGGACGCCCUGGUCACCAUCCGGAACCGCCACAACGACGUGGUGCCCACCAUGGCACAGGGUGUGCUGGAGUACAAGGACACGUACGGCGAUGACCCGGUCUCCAACCAGAAUAUCCAGUACUUUCUGGAUCGCUUCUACCUCAGCCGCAUCUCCAUCCGCAUGCUCAUCAACCAGCACAGGGAACCCCACCAACAGCUCCCUGCCUUCUUGCCCGCAGCCCUGAUUUUUGAUGGCAGCACCAACCCAGCCCACCCCAAACACAUUGGCAGCAUCGACCCAAACUGCAAUGUCUCCGAGGUGGUAAAGGAUGCCUACGAUAUGGCCAAGCUCCUGUGUGACAAGUAUUACAUGGCCUCGCCUGACUUGGAGAUCCAGGAGAUCAACACAGCGUCCAACUCUGAACAGCCAAUUCACAUGGUCUAUGUCCCAUCUCACCUCUACCACAUGCUUUUUGAACUCUUCAAGAAUGCCAUGCGUGCCACUGUGGAAAGCCACGAGUCCAGCCUUGUCCUCCCACCUAUCAAGGUCAUGGUGGCCUUGGGUGAGGAAGAUCUGUCCAUCAAAAUGAGUGACCGAGGUGGGGGAGUCCCCCUGCGGAAGAUUGAGCGACUCUUUAGCUACAUGUACUCCACGGCACCCACCCCCCAGCCCGGCACCGGAGGGACCCCACUGGCUGGCUUCGGGUACGGGCUCCCCAUCUCCCGCCUCUAUGCCAAGUACUUCCAGGGAGACCUGCAGCUCUUCUCCAUGGAGGGCUUUGGGACCGACGCGGUCAUCUAUCUCAAGGCCCUGUCCACGGACUCAGUGGAACGCCUGCCCGUCUACAACAAGUCAGCCUGGCGCCACUACCAGACCAUCCAGGAGGCCGGCGACUGGUGUGUGCCCAGCACAGAGCCGAAGAACACGUCCACGUACCGGGUCAGCUAAGGGCUGCCCUGCUCCCCUGCACCUGAGAGGACGGACUGUUGUCUCUGGGAUUGGCCACCACGGUGACCCUCCUUUCCCCCCACCAGGUGGGGGGAGGGCUCUCCCUAAUGACCAGCUUCUGUCUCUGUGGAAGUCACUGCGGUGACCAGUCUGUGGUCUAAGUGCCAAUCUCCAUCUCCACGGAGACCCCUCGGUGGUCUCCCUGGUGUUUGGUCUCUGUGGGCGGUGCCUAAGGAUGGGGGGACGUCUCCAUCAUGAUGUGGGGGGGUGUCCUAGAGUCAUGUUUCCAUGACAGUGCUCCUUCUGAGACCAGAGCUGCCACUUUUCUUCCAGGGGUCCUGGGUCCCCCUCACUGCCGUCCACAGCCCUGGCCUUCCAAGCGGACACCCUGCUUGCCUUAUCCCCCACCCCGGCCCAUGCGGGGACUCCAGCCCUGGCCCAGGGUCAGCGCUAGCCAGGGGCCAGUGUCCCUGGGUAGAGAAAGGGGUUGCCCCCUCGGGCCCCUGUUUGGGGACGUGGUCCUGCAGCCUCUCCCUCUACCCUAGGCUUGAAGGUGAAGGUUAGGAGGGGACAGUUCUCACCCAGAGCACACCCUUAAAGUGGAGGACCUGGGGAGGACCCAGAGAUCAGCUGUUUAGCCAAACUGCUCAGAGCCCCUCAGGCGCCUCCCGAGCCCCUCCCUGGCAUGUCCUCAGCCGUACACGGCCCCUUGCCCACCCCACACAGUCCCGCCUGAGCUCCAGACCCCCGCUCCCACCGUGCCUGGACAUGCACGUGCUUGGGGUGGCUUUCUCCCUAGAAUGCUCUAUGUACAUAGUUAGUUUUGUAGCUCCGAAAAGUCCCCACCCUUCCCCUUAGCACACGGGGGUUAAAGUGGUGUGCUCCUCCCAGUGGCUGUGACGAUGACCGUGACAUCUGCAGUAAAGAGGAGAUUGA